GGAAGAACAUAUGUGCCACCUGGAGAAGCAGGAAAACUCUGUUCACUGAUUCACCCUUAUAAAAAGGAUUAUCAUAGAACUACAAAAGCCAUUCGAGAUGGAAAGUGUGUUACUGAUCUAAACAAAGAAACUGGCACUCUUGAACACCAAUUAAACAGUAAAGACAUUGGCAUUUUGAUACAGAAGUUAAUUGAAAAUGAAACCCAAAAUACUAAUCUCAGGAGAAAAAUAUUUGAAAGGGAGAAACAUGUUAAAGAACUUUCAUCCAGGCUUCAGCUUGAAAAAGUCAAUGCACAGAAAGAAGAACACCUGUCAAGAUCAGUAAAGGCAGUACACGCUCACCUGCAAUGUCAGAUUCAAAAAAAAGAAGUGGAAAAUGAGGAAUUAAAAGUGAAAAGACAGACUCUAGAAAAGAAAAUAGCAGUGUGGAAACUUCAAGUUGGUGAAUACAAGCACCAGAUGUUAGCCUUGAAGGAAACCAGUGAGCAAAAGAAGAGCGCUCUGAAAAAAGCAAUCAAGUCCCAGAAACAAAGAGCUAAACACUUUGAAGCAGCUGUGGAAAAUUUAACCUCCAGAAUAAGAGAAUGUGAAGUCAAACUGUCUGAGAUACUGUUAGCUUCUGAUGUCUGGAAAAACCAGCAUGAUAGAAUGCUUGAAGGAAAGACCACGUUAGAAAUUCAAACAGAAGAUCUUAAGAAGCAGAUCACAAGCCUUUUGGAAGACAUGAAAAGAAAGGAGGAAUGUAGAAGAAACUCAGAUGAGGAAAUUCUUGGAAAGCUAAGUUCUGUUAACUCUGAAAAUGAGAAGCUUUACCUUGAAAAUGAAAAAUUAAAGGCUUCCCUUGCUACAUUGGAAAACAGUACUGUGUCUGUUCAAAAUGAGCUGCUAGAUCUGCAAGAAAAGGCAAAGCUGCAGGAAAACCUUGUUGAACAGUAUAAAAAUCAGGUACAAAAAUUACAAACAGCAGUAGAAGAAUUGCAAUCCAGAUAUGAAACAGUCUUAAAUGAAAACAAAAGAAUAACAGAAAACAAAUGCUUAGAAGUGGAUAUGGUGAGGGACAAAAUGGAGGCUGAAUUAAAAGAGUUAGAACAUGUUUGUGACUUGCUGAAAACAGCUGAGGAAAAGCAGCAAGGCUAUCAGGAAAAGCUUGUGUCCUGGGAAAGGAGCCAUGCACAGAAAUGCAAAACCCUCAGGGAGCUGCACGUUCAGGAGGAAGACAGUGUAACUUCUGUGGGCAGUCAUUCCUUAGAAGAAGAAAACUGUAACAUUCAGAAGAAAUAUGAAGAUCUUAAAAGGCAAUUAGAAAAGAUGGAAUUUCAAAAUGAAGAACUUGCUUGUCAGCUCAAAAAAGAAGAUGAGAGUCUUCAGUGCAGUAAAUUGCAGCUUGAAGAGAAAAUUGCAGAGUAUAAUGGAUUAACCAGACAACUGGAAUCUGCUUUGGAAGAAGGGAGAAAAAUGGUAGCUGAAGAACUGGAAAAAUGGUCAUACAAAGAACAAGCCCUUCAGACAAAAAUGCUAGUUCUUGAAACUGAAGUGAGAGAGGGGCAAGAAGAGAAAAAACAACUCCUCUGCAUAUUUCACCGUAAUGAAAAGCACCAUGAAGUACAUUUGAAAGAGCUGGAGAACAUCCUACAGAAGUCAGAGAACAAGAACCAGAGCAUUCAGAAUUAUGUGCAGUUUUUGAAAGCUUUGUACAUAACAAUGUUUGGCUGA